CGUCGAGCCGAUAGGAAGCAGCCACAGCGGAGCGCUCAACGGUGUUGCCAACGUUUUGAAUUUGUUGUUAAGUUUAUUUACUCAGUUCUUCAAAACUCUUCGUUGCAUACCUCACAACCCAACCCAACCCAGUCCAAUCCAAUUUAGUUCAACACACCGUUUAUCAUUCAUCAUUCAUCGUUCAUCGUUUAACAUUCGUUCAUCAUCGUUUACCGUUUGUUGCAUUUAUUUACACGUUUUUGUAUUCUGCAAGCGCGUUCAAGUUUCAAAGUUAGCCAACAUUACGUUAAAACGCGUUCAAGUGCAAUGGCCAGCGUUGCCACCAACCACAGUCAAGCGCCAACGCCAACGACGCAGACGACGCACACACACAGCAUCCAGCUGCUGCACAAUGGAAGCAUGCCACAUGGUUUGGGGCUGCUGACCACGGUGGCCUCGCUGCCGCCCAAAUAUCGCAGCCGCUAUCUGAACAUCAAAACCAAGUGUGAAAUUCCAUUGGAUCUGUCCGUAAAGCCGCCAUCGCCAGUGCCCAGCUGUGAAGUGCCCAUGCCUAGCACAUUUACAGAGGUGCAAAGCGAGCCACCAGCAGAGUUGGAGCUGCCACAGGAGGUGCAGGUGGAGGUGGUGGAGAAGGCGGCUAUAUUGCCGCCACAGAGUCCCACAGUUGGCGCUGCAGUCAAGCGCAAAUUGAGCGCACAAAGCGUGGAGCAGCAGCAGCAGCAGCCCGCUGCCAAAUUGGUUAAAUCAGUUGCCAAUGUUGCCAGCACGCCCAGCAAGCCCAUCAAAGUCGCAGACACUGCGCCACGCACGGGCAAAGCCAGCACCAGCACCACCAGCAGCAGCAGCAGCAGCAGCAAUGCCAAAGCCACACGCAAUAAGGCAACGCGCAAAUUAAAGUUUGACGAGGAGACCAGCUCACCGGUCUCGGGCACGAUUAUCAGACCGUUGGAGGACAUUACCGAUGGCAACAUGCAGUAUAGCAAUGGAGACAUUGAUCCCAAGUACAACAUUGUCGAGAUUACGGAGGAGACCAAGGCCGAGCUGGCCGCCAUCAAGAACGUAAUUGGCGAUUAUGUUUGUCGGCUGUGUCGCAUCAAGUUUGACGAUGCCUUUGGCCUGGCCCGUCAUCGUUGCGCUUGCAUUGUGCUGCUCGAGUAUCGUUGUCCUGAGUGUGGCAAGCAGUUCAAUUGUCCUGCCAACCUGGCCUCGCAUCGCCGCUGGCACAAGCCAAAACAGCAGGCGCAAGCAGCAGCAGCAUCCAAGAAGGAGAACAGACAGCAGCCGCAAUCGCAGUCGCAGUCUCAGUCUAGCAGUAGCAAAAAGUCAGCUGAGGAGCUGCCAUUUAGUUGCAACGACUGUGGCAAGCAGUUCAAGCGCGCUGCCUAUUUGCGGAAGCAUCAGCAAACGCAUGCAAAGCAAACCAAGACAGCCGCUGAAUGUGAGCCAGAGCCAGAGGCGGAGGCGAAGACGGAGUCCCUGCAGCCCAGCAGCACCACCAUUACAGGCAGCUUCCAGACCACAGUCUACAAGUCAAACUCCAGCAGCAGCUCGGCCAGCAGCUCGCAUUCUUAUGCCGGCACGCAUGAGGAUGAGGGCGUUUAUGUCGUGGGCGCCGCCAGCAGCAGUCACUGCGACUAUGAGGCUGACUAUCUGUCCGACUGCAACAGCUCCACGUCUUCAGCGGGCUAUGGGCGGUUGCAAAUUGUCGAGCACGGACUGACGGAGGAGGAGAGCAUCGCCGCCGCUGCUUUGACCAAUCUGCGCAACUGCGCUUCUGUUAUUCAGCAUACGACAAUGGCACAUUAAGUAAGUCCGGGGCAACUGUGUAAUUUGUUUAUCAAUUAAGUUUAGUUUUUAUAUACUUUGUUUCUUUUUGUUGGGGAAAACAACUGCA